CAUUUCAAAUCACUUAUAUAUAAUAUUAGUUUUCAAUCUAUUCUUUUCACCAUUUUCGAACAUGAAAUUUUAUAGAACGAACUGAUAGCCUCCACUAUAAUUACAGUUCUAUUUACUUCUUUUAAUAAGUAUCGAUCGAUUUACAAUUGUAGUAAGAGAAGCACGCACGCGAUAUUACGAGCGCAAACUCAACAGCAACUGUCACCAGACUAUUACAAACAGUCGCUUUCCUACUGUCUAGCAAGAUGCACUUCUCUGUUCGAAAUUUAAUCAAUAAACCGCAAAAUCCUAAUUACGAGAAAGAUAUAGUUUAUGUGACGAAACAUAACAAAUGGGUUCUCACUUCUAUUGGCAUUUGGCCAACAGUACUAAAGAACAUCGGUAAAAUUUUACCGAAAAUUGUGAUUGGAAUUAAUAAUUUAUUGUGUUUUUUCACUCUGAUCCAAAGUACGUUACACGUCAUAUUGGAGCAAAAGGAUACAUUACUAAGACUGAAGCUUUUUGGUUUAAUUUUUUUCUCUUUCAUGUCAUUGAUGAAAUAUUGGGCUCUAACGAUACGUAAAUCGGAAAUCGAAUACUGCAUCGAACAGGUGCAAUUAGAUUGGAAACAACAGGUAAAGAUGGAAAAUGAUCGCGAACUUAUGUUAAAAUACGGAAUAAUCGGUCGAAAUUUGACUAUCUAUAGUAUUUUAUUCAUGUACAUCAGUGGUAUUAUGUACGUUUCUAUUAUGCAGUAUGCGAUGAAAUUGCAGAUUAAUGAUAAUAAUCAAACGAGUAAAGUGUUGAUUUAUCCUGCAUAUAGUAACAGUAUUCAAAAAAGUCCUAUUUAUGAAAUAAUAUAUGGUAUUCAAUGUAUUUGUGCAUACGUCCUCGAUAGUGUAACGUGUGGUGCUUGCGGCUUGACCGCACUUUUCGUAACCCAUGCCUGUGGACAAAUCGACGUUAUUAUAUCUCGAUUGGAUGACAUAGUUGCUGGACAAUUUCACAAGAAAAAAUCAAACUCAAACAUACGAGUGAUAGAAAUUAUUAAACAUCACAUAAAAAUUUUAAAAUUUUCAGCUAUGGUUGAAAAAGUACUGCAAGAAGUAUUCUUUUUAGAAUUUAUUAGUUCCACUUUUGUAAUAUGUUUGCUUGAAUAUUAUUGUAUUACGGAUUGGGAACAAAAUAAUAUGAUUGGUCUCACAUCGUAUGCAUUACUAUUAAUAUCAUUGACAUUUAAUAUGUUCUUGUUAUGCUAUAUUGGUGAUCUUCUAAUACAAAAGAGUGGUAACGUCGGAGUAGCCGUGUUCAUGAUUGACUGGUACCAUUUACCAACGAAAACGAUUCAAAAUCUUAUCUUGAUCAUGGCCAUGUCGAAUAGUCCGGCGAAACUUAGUGUCGGUAGGAUAGUUGAUUUAUCUUUGUCUACUUUUGGAAAUGUUUUAAAGACGACAUUCGUAUAUUUAAACUUUCUUCAAACUGCUGUUAUGCAAUAAUCUUAAAAAUGUUUUUAUAAUUGUUUUAAAUUAUAAAAUAUUAAAUAAUAAAUAAAAAA